AUGGCAGCUCCGCGACCAAGGCAUCCUCCAUUGUGCGAGACCGACCAUGCCGCCUCCGAUCCGCGCGACUCUACCUCUUCACCUUCAGCCUUCGACCUCAAAGGCAAAGCACGAGCCUACGACACCCACCAAGAUGCAUUUUCAAUAUCUCCCUCCACCACUUCCGCCUCCUCCGUCACAUCGAUCCUCGGCAGCACAUCGGACAAGACCAGCUGGAAUUAUGUCCUGCGCUCUGGGUUUGCCGGCGGCAUCGCGGGCUGUGUCGCCAAAUCAGCCAUCGCCCCGCUAGACAGAGUCAAAAUCCUAUUCCAAGCGCAAAACCCCGAGUUCCAAAAGUACUCGGGCAAAUGGCUGGGCGUCUUCCAAGCCGGUCGCGACAUUGUGCGGGCCGAUGGUCCAUUUGCGCUGUUCCAGGGUCACAGUGCCACGUUGAUGCGCAUCUUUCCGUACGCAGCGAUCAAGUAUAUGGCGUACGACAAGCUGCAUUUCUACUUGAUGCCAACGAGAGAGAGCGAGACGUCGGGGCGUCUGUUCUUGGCGGGAUCAGCGAGUGGGGUGUUGUCGGUGUUCUUGACGUAUCCGUUGGAGCUGAUCCGCGUGCGGCUGGCGUUCGAGACCAAACGCAAGCGGCAGAAGGGUGGGUUGAGGAGGAUUAUAGGCAUGAUAUAUAGGGAAGGUACGACCGAGGCGCCGUUCAGCAGCGACGCAAGAAAAAGAGCGGCGCGAAUGGCACAGCAAGCGGCGCAGCAGGCGAAUCUCUCCACGUCGGCCACCCAGAGCGCCGCAACCUCGGCAGCUAGCUCCAUCGAAAGCGCUCUACGCGCCACGGAUCCGAACGUCCCCUCCUCCGCCGUCCCUGCAGGAAACAAGCUGCUAGCCAAAUAUCCGAUCCUCAAAUUCUACCGCGGCUUCAGCGUCACUGUCAUGGGCAUGAUACCCUACGCCGGGACCAGCUUUCUCGUCUUCGGCCGCUGUAAAACGCUGCUACAGGACCUCUUCCCGCCCUCGGAACCAUCAGCAAACACGCCGGGCAGCAGAAGACAGUGGUUCUGGCCCAGCAAGACCGCGGUCGACCUCGGGGCAGGCGCACUGGCGGGAGCACUCAGUCAGACCGCUGCAUACCCGUUCGAGGUCAUCAGGAGGAGGCAGCAGGUCGGCGGGAUCAUACGACCGGGCGCCAUGCUAGGCAUGUGGGAGACCGCGGCGUGGAUCUACAAGACGAGCGGGUGGAGAGGUUUUUACGUGGGGCUGAGCAUUGGGUUUUUGAAGGUCGUGCCUAUGACGAGCAUCUCUUUCGCCGUGUGGAUGGGGAUGAAGCGGCAGAUGGGCAUCUAG